AUGGAGACCAUUGUCCACGAUUCCGAGCUGUUGACCCACCAUGUCGCGGCGGUCGCCGUUCCCGACUCUCGCCGCUUUAUCGCCGUCCGCGAUGAAAACGGCCUUCUCAUGCUUUUCUCUAUCGGGACGGACGACAAGAUCCACAUCUCCAAGAUCACCUUGUCGGGCCAGCGGCUCGUGCUGGACUUUGGCCUGAUGCUCGGUCUCGAUGAUCAGUACUGCGCCCACGCGAUUGACGUCGUGCAGGACGCGGCGUCGUCGACGCUGUAUAUUGCCGUGGCCACCUCCAUGCCCGCGGGCUCGGGGAGCGCGGUCUAUAUCCUGCGGCCCUUCACGCCGCGCGAGGCGGACCUGGGCUCGCCGUCCACCCGGCUGACGAGCUUCCUCAUGCCGGAGACAGGCAGCCCAGCCCAGCCGCCGCGCAUCUUCUCGAUCUACAUGGGGGUUUCGCGGGCCGGGGCCAGGUUCCCUCCACUGCUGUUGGCAUAUCAAACCGAAAUCCACAAAUCGCAGGACUUGGUCCGUGUGGAAGUCGUUGACGACCAGUCUGGCACUGCACAAUGGGAAUGGGCACGCAAAGACGACAUCGCCCUGCCCGAGAACGCGGCCAAGAUCUUCGCCGUGCAGCCGGUGACCUUUCGGCUGGGGAGCAGCAAGGUGCUGCGAGGGUUUGUCACCCUCUACGAGAUUCAAGGCAGGAUUCUAGAUCCCCUGUGGUUACCGCGUGCUGACCAUGCUCGUGACAUCGCCACUUUGCAAGGCGCCGAAGGAUACACGGAUCUAGUCGUCGGCGGCGCGGGCCUCUAUGCGUUCAAGGGGACAGAACUCGCGGCGCCAAAAAUGAAGCUGAUCGCAACGGACGGGGUGUUCGCCGCCGUCAAGACUCUACAGGUCACCCAGUCGCCGGUAGGCAUCUCGAUCUGGGCGGAGAAUACGGCGCAGGGGAUUGGGUACCUGGAGACAGACCUCGCUCUGGCGCCCUUAAAGCUGCCUGUGCAGGUGAUUCCCGACGGUGCAGGGGGCUACUUCUGCCCCCUGAAGGCGACUGUCAGCGAUCCCGAAAAGUUCAUCUCCGCGUCCCCCGACGGCCACUUGUUGCUUCUGGAACAUGACUCUGUGUCCGGGCUCUGGACCGCGACGCCGUUGGUGACCCCCGCACUCACCAAGAUCAUCGACGUGACCGCGUACAUGACGCAGCUCAUGCCGCUGAGCGCGGCCGGGGUGCCGGUGCUCAGCUCUCCAGUAACGCUGCGGGCCUCCGGCGAGGUUAGUAUUAUUGUGAACGGCCGGCCGGUGGUCGCUACUCCUGGCGGUGUCACGGUGAUGACCGACCAGGCGGGAUACGUGACGCUCGUUAUUCCGACGGACGAUAUCUCCAGCUUCACCUUCACCGUGUCCGCGGUGGGGUCAGAUCCGCAACUAGGCGUGACAGUCGAUCCGUCGAGCCCAGUGCACGAGAGGUUGAGCAAGGCGCUCGAGCAGGACCUUGAGGACGUGACGCUGCCCGACGGGACCCGGCUGAUGCAGGACAGCCCUCUGGACAAGGAGCAGAUCGAUGCAGCCGCAGACGCGUUGAAAGCCGCGUUGAAACAGCGCCAGUAUCUAGUCGCCGGGGUGGCUGACGCCAAUCGCCCGUGGGAAGCGCCCGUGGGAUAUCGGGUUGAUGAGAUCUGCAGCACGCCGCCGGAAGGCAUCAAAGACAUGUUUUGGGACGGCUGGCAUUGGCUCGAGCACCAGGCAGACAAGGUCAUGAGCUAUGUGAUUGACGGAGCUCAGUUUCUGGUCAAGAUCGCUGGGCAGACGUAUCGGUGGGUGAUGAAGACACUGACACAGAUUGCCAAGGCCAUCUCCUGGCUGAUCAAGAAGGCCCUGGAGCUCGGAAAGAAACUUAUCCAGUGGCUCGGUUUUGUCUUUGACUGGAAGGACAUUAAAGCCGCCCAACAGUCGAUUGUCAACAUCGCCAACGACGGUAUCGACUGGGCGGCCGGUAACGUCUCCAAGCUGAGAGACAAGGUCGACACCUUCUUUGCGCAGAUGGAGCAUUCCUUGGGCCAGAAGGAGCGGCCCAGCUCCUCCGAUGUCGACGCUGUCAACGGCAUGGCCGACGACGCGUCGGCCAGCAAGGAUGCGGACAAGGAUAUCUCCCGCCGCUCCGUGACGGCCAACUGGACGCGGUAUCAGUUUGAACAUGGCGGCGCCCGAGACGGUGCGGUGGUGUACUACCCCGGGGACCCCGAUGGGGCCUGGGAUGCCCAGCUGCAGGGCUUCCACAGCCAGUUCGAGGGCCAGGUGGUGCCGUUGCAAACGAAUCUGGUGGACGACUACGGGCCUACCGGCAAACGGUCCCUGUCGACCAAAUCCGCGUUUGAGCGGAUUCUGGCCGACUUUUUGGCGCAGGUGGUUGGGGGCGUGAAAGGUCUAACCAAGAGCGUUUUGAACGGAGUCGAGACGCUCUUUGGCAAGCUGAAGGACUUUCUCAAUGCGAAGAUCGAUAUCCCCGUCUUCUCCGCUCUCUAUAAACUGGUGACCGGGGAUGAUCUGUCGGUCCUGAACGUCAUGGCCUUGAUCAUUGCAAUCCCCGCGACGGUCAUCGCAAAGCUGGUCAGCAAUGCCGCGCUCCCGACCUUCCAGGCGGGCGACUAUCACUCGAUGAUGGACCAAGUAGUGCGCGGCACAGUGGCCGAGCAAGGCCUGCUGCCAUUCAACAAGUUCGCCAACAUCGCAGGCCUCGCCGCCAUGGGCAUCUCCACCCUCUUCGCCGUAGUCUCCUUCGGCGGCUUGCAUAGCGGCGGUCGGCCCCCGUCGACCUCGCCCAGCGCUCCCCUGGCCGCGCUGGCGGCGGCAGCGGCAGCGGCAGGCAAUGGCAACGCCUUUAACUGGGGGGUGCUGAUUGACACUGGCCUGCUGUUCUACCACCUGUUCUCUGUUCCAUCCAACGAGAAACUCCCCGCGCACGUCCUGCGGCUGGCCAGCUGGCUGGUCUCGAUGCUCUCCAGCCUGGUGGCCUUCCUUCUCCAUCUCUCUGCGAAAUUUAUCGGCGAGCUCAAGGAUAAAAUCCGGGCGGUGGUGGAUGUGGUCAUCGAGGUGAUCACCUACGCCCUGGAAAUCACCAUUAGAGUCAAGGAGACCCAGACCAUCUGGGAGGGCAAAGACGAUGUGUGGAGCAUGGUGGACUGUGCAGGCCACACCUUUCUCCUGGUGGGAAUCUCCGGUGGUGCGCUCAAGACCCUUUCCCCUGGACUAGCGGCGCAAUGUAUUGGACUAGGCGGGGGGAUUGGCAUCCUGGGGGUGCACGGCAUCACGUCCUUUGCCAAGGAGAAGUUCUGUGAUCCCCCCAAGUACGUGGGCUCGGCUUGA